ACCCUGCUUUACAUUAUCGCAUUCAUUGAAUCUUCCGCGCAGUCUUUCACGUCUCAGAGCAGUACAAGCAAGCGUUUUACAACAAUGGCCAGUUACAUUCACGUCCCCGAAAGCGCGCCGGUGGUUCCGAAAUUAGACGUGACCGUAGACGAGCACGAUUACAGAGCCGGGGCGCUGAAACUGAUCAAGACGCUUAGACCCCACUGGAAACCCUCGGAGGUCAAAAUGAAGUCCUUCACUGACGGCAUCACAAACAAGCUGAUAGGCUGUUACGUUGGUGGUUCCAUGCAGAACGUGGUGCUGGUACGUGUCUACGGGAACAAGACGGAACUGUUUGUGGACCGUGAGAAGGAGGUGAAGAGCUUCCGUGUUCUCCAGGCCCAUCGGUGCGCUCCACGCCUCUACUGCACUUUCAAUAACGGCCUGUGCUAUGAGUUUCUGCAGGGUGUGGCCCUGGAGCCGGAGCACAUCCGCAGCCCUGCCAUCUUCAGGCACAUUGCAAGGCAGAUGGCCAAGUACCAUGCCAUACAUGCCCAUAAUGGUUGGGUGCCCCAGUCAGACCUCUGGCUGAAGAUAAGCAAAUUCUUUUCACUUGUUCCUUCACACUUUGAGGACCCUGAGAUGGACCAAAGGCUGAACAAUGAGGUUCCCAGUGCUGUGUGUCUUAGAGAUGAGAUGAUCUGGCUUCAGCAGAGCCUUUCUAAACUGGGUUCCCCAGUCGUUCUUUGCCACAAUGAUCUGCUCUGUAAGAACAUCAUCUACAACCAACAGGAAGGAAAUGUCAAAUUCAUUGACUAUGAAUAUGCUGGGUACAAUUACCAAGCCUUUGACAUAGGGAAUCACUUCAAUGAAUUUGCAGGUCUGAAUGAGGUGGAUUACAGCCUGUAUCCUGGGCGCGAGUUCCAAUUGCAGUGGCUCAGGGCCUAUCUGGAGGCUUACAAGGAGUACAAAUCACAGGGCUCACAGGUCUCCAACACUGAAGUGGAAGUUCUGUACGUGCAAGUCAACCGCUUCGCCUUGGCAUCUCAUUUCUUCUGGGGACUGUGGGCAUUAAUCCAGGCUCAAUACUCCACCAUUGACUUUGACUUCUUGGGAUACGCAGUUCUCCGUUUCAGCCAGUUCUUCAAGAUGAAACCGGAAGUGACAUCACUCAACCUUCCAGAAUAAUCUCUCAGGUUAUGGCUUGCUUUAAACUAGAGAAGGGCUCCCCCUGGUGGACACAAGUACUAGCUGGAGAGCUCUUCAGUUUUGUAGACUGAACAAUGCACUUACUUGUCUAAACACAUCAUUUUAGAUAAAUCAUUUCUGAACUCACCAUCAAGUUGGUUUAGUGUUGUAGAAAGCCAAAAACCUAAGCCCUCCUUCUCGCUUCUACCUGGUCAAGAAAGAAGUCACCCUAGUGCCCUAGUUGUACCAACUAUUUCAGUGAAAUCCUAUUGCUAAUCCAGAAAGCAACUGGCCCUCUGCCGCCAUGCACAAUAUAAGGAGGCUUACUCUGGAGCCUUGACUUGCCCGUAUAUUUGAAGAGCCCUGGAAAUUAAGAAAUAAUAAAAACACAAACCUCACCUCCCAAGAAACCAAUGCACUUUCCCUCAAAGGACAGAGAACCUUAAACAACAACAAUAUCACGCACAAAAAGAGAGAGGAGGGCCACUGGGUUUGUUUUCAGCAAACUUCUAUCAUCCUAAUGGUCAUUCCUACUUGUUUAAACACGUUUUUAAGGGAAGAAAUUUGUGUACUGUAAGGUAAUUGUAGUUUACUUUAAGGACAGUCGCUGAUGCUAUGCGGUUCUUGCUGAAUGGCGAACAGAUGUGGUAAGAUGUGUAAUUCGGGGACCAAUAGAAGGGUCAUUGUUUCCGAUUGAAGAUUCCUCCCUCAUUCUGUCACUGUAAACCACUGAACCACAUUCAUAAAAUUCUCAAUGUUUUUUCAGCGUGGUGCUCGAAGAAGGUGGAAGUAGCUGAGGCUACUAUGAGCCGGUAGCUAAUCUGAAGCCCACACCAAAGUUCUGAUAUUUCUUGCUUUGUACAUGAUGCACAGUGUAUUUUUCCCACAUAGAAAAUAAUGUGGGGUGAAAUUUACUGUUUGAAACUGUUUUUUUUUUAUACUUAUUUAAAUGAGAUCGCUAGGUGAGCUGUGUGUUUGUCUGGGAGGUAUUGGUGAAUUGUUUUUAAAGAAUGUAUUCCCGGAGGCCUUAAUGAAGGCAUCGCCCACUGGACACACUAAAGCUUUUAUAUUCUUACUCUGAACUCCACUUACUCCACAAUAGCUAAAUGUCUUCUUUGCGCAAUUAUUUUUGAGAACAACAGUCCUCAUUUGAACCUCCGAUUAACCACUCUUUCUGCCUGAAAUUAAGUUUUAACUGCAAGAAAUUAAGAAAUGCUGGGAGUAGAGAUUUUGGUAGCACUUUAUUUUACAGUGUCCCUGUUACACAUCUUGCUGUUGUAAUUAUAAUAACUGUGUAAUUACAAGUAGCUCUAUAGUAGUUACAUAAACAUUACAUGGUAAUUACAUGUAGUUUAUUAAAAUUACUACAAUGUAAUAAAGUGUGACCAAAGUGUUUUCUAGAGCAAACCUCAGCCUCUUAGACGAACUGCUUGCAUAUGCAUCGCUUGGCUGCAUCUCAUUUACCUCUGUUUCCAGUGUCGGUUUGCCUAUGUUACAAACAACCAUAUACAAUACUGUAAAUACUAGAAACUGUGAACUCUGGUUGUUUUAUUGUAGUCUGAAAUAUGCUUCUUUUUCUAUGCCAAUUCUUUGGUAACACAGCUUUGAACGGUCAAGGACCACAGAAUGCUACUUUUUUUUUUUUUUUUUGUAAUAUAAAGUAAUAUAAUACACCCAGAAAUUUUCAUAAAGAUCCUAAUAUUGGGAAACGUCUCACUUCUAACAGUUAGCUGUUACUGAGAUUAACUGAUUUCUUUGCACUCUUUAGCAUUUGUAUAAAACAAAGUGAUGGGUAGUUCCAAACUUUCAGCCAACGAAGUGCUUCUGGUGAACUUCGUACUUUGUACAGUACUGCCUCAUGCAAGUAUCUACUGGCAGUUUUACUAUAGGUGUAUAUGUACAACUGUAAGCAAACUGUAAAAUAAAUCUUUGCUUAAACUGACCAUUGUGAAUAAACUAAACAGAGAUUCUUUUUUUUUUCCUUCUAAACAAAUGUACUGUUACAUAGAUUUAAUAAUCUGGGAAUGAAAUCUGUCAGUGUUGCAUUUUAGAUUCUGUAUCAAAUCUAUGUGAAUAGAAAUAAAAAAUUCUACAGGUUUUAUUUG